UGAGGGAUAUUGCACGUGACGAAAUUCAAACCAAACUCUGACGAGGAGAUUCUUGGGAAUGGAUCCAGAUGCUCGGAUUUGAAAAACGACAUACCCUCUGUAUCGCAAGCGAUGGCGGACGAAUUGGCUGGAUUUAGCUUUAAGAAAUUGUUUCUGUGUUCUGCUGAUUCAUCGGAUUGUGACCACUUUUCGUGGCGCAGCGUGGGUCUAGUGAGGGUCGAGUGCCUGACGUGAGGAUGAGCGUUGAAAGAAAGAUUGUUUCCUGUGCGCCGCUAGUGGAUUCUCUCAGCGCGUGCAUUGUGAUUUGUUUCACGACAAACACAUUCGUUUCCUGGGAUUAGAAUGUAGUGUUUCACGUUCGGCGACGGCUUUAGGGUGCGCGUUGUGGAGUUGGGUAUUUGUGCGGUCUCUUGGGCGGACAAUUCGUAGCGUCAUGGUGGGUUUGAAGUUUGUGGUACUCGCUGUCCUACUUCGACGGGCUUUUUGGUUGUGAAAGAUUCGGGCACUGUUUGGUUCGUGAUUAUCUCUGAGGUUUUGAGUUGGUGUUGCAUCUGUGCGUGAAACGUUGCCCUAGUUUUCGUUGUAGUCAUCUGGAUUGAUGUAGAUAGUGUUAGAGAGGGUUCUCACCUAGGGUUUAGUCUCUGAAAGAGAAGCAGGUAGAUUUUGGUUUACUCAGCCUCGACAUGGGGAAUUUGAAGGACGUCGAUGACGAGGCGGAAUUCAGUAACGGGAUUGCAGACCUGCAUAUUGAUGGCUCACGUGGCCACACCGAAGCUGAAGCUGGGGAUGAUGACGAGGAGGCGGAGAAUCUGCUGGUAGGGUUAGGGUUCGUGCAGCCAGUUGAAGACUCGGAAAAAUGGAAGGUGGAGAGGCAGCACUUCCCGAGUAAAGUUGGCGGAUGUCCGGCGUGGUUGGACCCGAUUAAUAUUCCAACCGGAGAACAAUCUACUUGCGGAAUCUGCGAUAGUCCGCUUGAAUUUCUUCUGCAGGUCUAUGCACCCAUAGAUGAUAUUGACGAUGCAUUCCACAGGUCCUUAUUUGUUUUCGUCUGCCCAAAUGCGUCCUGUCUGGAGCAGGACCGACAUCAUCAGUCCAAAAAACCUGAAGAAAAUCCUCGACGUUGCGUGAAAGUCUUCCGCAGCCAAUUGCUUCGAAAAAAUUCGUACUACUCUUACACCCCUCCCUCUGGUGAGGACGACCUACCUAUUUCCGAGGGAGCUGCUUUGUGUACGUGGUGUGGGAUAUGGAAGGGGCACAAAGCAUGCGCUGCCUGCAAACAGACUAAGUACUGUUCUCGAAGUCACCAGGUCGAACACUGGCGAGGCAGCCAUGCUGUGUAUUGUCGCCAGGUGCAAGCUGCCAGGAAAGAAGGUAAAAUGGACGUGAAUAUUCCCGUUUGUUCUCCUGGACCUGUAAGUGACAAGCUCUGGCCAGAGAUGGAGCUUGUGGUAGAUGAGGAAGACAAUUAUGAGGUCGACGAGUUAAGUGACCCGAAUGCAAAUGUACCAGCAUCGGAUAAGACAAAAAGCAAGGCGCAGUUGCUUCUGGAAGAUUAUGAAAGACGAAGAGAAGCUGGAGAAGAAUUUACCGCUGCUGAUCUGGAAGAUGUUCAUGAAGCCUCUCAAGACAUGCAACUGUGGGCAGCUUUUCUGGCUAAGAUCGGAAAGGCACCGGAUCAAGUGCUGAGAUAUUGUCGCUCUCCAGCGGCGAAGCCCUUAUGGCUUUCGUUGAAUGGGCAACCGGAGAACUCUGGCAUCCCUUCGUGCUCCCACUGUGGCAGUCGCCGGAUUUUCGAGUUUCAGGUGUUGCCACAGCUGCUUAAUUUCUUAGAUUUCAAGGACGAGGCAAACUCUUUAGAUUGGGGGACCAUAGCUGUGUAUACAUGUGAGCGUUCGUGCGGCGAAGGAGUGGGUAAGGGCUAUGCGGAGGAGUUCGCUUGGGUUCAACCACCUCCGGAGUAGCUACACACUGAUUAUUGAGGGUUUAGGGUUUAUGGCUUACGUCCCACAUGGGAGCUUAGUUGAACGCAGUACAACUCCUGAUGAUUGAAUGUGAAACUUGUGUCAGAUUGAAAGACUGCUUAUCGCCAUAGAAAUUUAACGCAGGGUUCAUCUUUGAUUAUCCUUCUUUUCUUGGGUUCAUGAGAACGUAGAUUAUGUUCCUGUGCUGUCAUAUUGCUACAUUAGUGCGAAGUAUAGGGGAUUCAAGUAUUUGUAUUCAUGAGGGUGUGUUAUUUAUAAUAUUUUCUCGAUUGCAACAUGCUAUUCUCGCAUUA